UGGUGAGAGGGCUGGUGACUCUGGUGAGGGUUGGGGCCCAGGGUGAGGGUUGGUGCGGCCGCCUGGGGGUCUAGUGGACCGGGACCCGGGGAGAGAGGGGACAGUGAACCCCUGGGAGAGGAGGGAGAGUUGACUGGGUCCCAGAGCGGGGAGAGGGUGUCUGGGUCACUGUGUCUGGGCAGGGGACGAGGUGAUUGUUUCCCUGGGUGAGAUCCUAAGGGAAAAUAAGUAUAUUGACCCAAAGGUGAAGCUGUGCGAGGCAAACGGCAGGAAGUGUGGAGAGGGAUUGGGUAAGGAGGGGGAAAGGCUGCACUGAGGAGUCACCACGUCAACCCCCAAGUGAAGGACAAUGAUGGCCCCAAUGUGCUUUACUCUGAUGCAGUAGGAAGGAAGAAGUUCUAAUCCUGGCCCCUGGAUGGAGAGGAACUGAGUCUGAGGAGAGGAAAGGCAGACCCUUGUACAGGGAAGGGUUCUUGGUCUGAAUUUGCAGCCUGGGAUGAGUAGCUGACACUGACGGAGAGGGGAAGAAGGCCACACAGAACCAGCAGUUGACGAGGAGGCAGCAGUGAUGAUCGGAGCAAAGGACAGCUGCCAGAAUCUGACACUGUGACGUUUCUGCAGCCUGGGAACCGGUCAAGGACGGAAUGUGCGAGAGUAACAGAGAUUCCAGGAGCCCCGACAGCUCAUCCAUGAACUCUCCGCAGCACCGGCGGGCGGUCAACUGCUCGCCGCCCCUCCGCUUAUCCAACGUGGCCUCGGGGAUCUCGUCGUCCGUCGCCUCGCCAGCCAGCAGCAUCGGCUCCCCCUUCUCCGUCAUCAGCUCCUCCCUGGGAUCACCCGCCCUCCCCUCCGCCCACUCGCUGGGCUACGGGGCCAUCAACAGCCCGCACAUUAACUCCACGGUGGGCAUGUCGGCAAUGCACGCAGUGAGCAGCUCUGACGACGUGCAGCUCUCGCUCGGCUCCAACCAAGGCCUCUCCUAUCCAGCCGGCUCCACCACGCCUUCCCUGAGGCGAGUCUGCUCCAUCUGCGGAGAUAGGUCUUCAGGUAAACACUACGGAGUGUACAGCUGUGAGGGCUGCAAGGGCUUCUUCAAGCGCACAGUGCGCAAGGACCUGAGCUACACGUGCCGCGACAGCAAGGACUGCAUCGUGGACAAGCGCCAACGUAACCGCUGCCAGUACUGCCGCUACCAGAAGUGCCUGGCCACCGGCAUGAAGCGGGAAGCAGUGCAGGAGGAGCGUCAGCGGGGUCGGGAGAGGGGAGAUGAGGUGGAGUCCACCAGCCCAGCCAGCGACGACAUGCCCGUCGACAAGAUCCUGGCGGCAGAGAUGGCCGUGGAGCAGAAACCCGAGCUGCAGGCUGAUGGCACCGCACCGGACCUCACCUCGAUGGACGCCAUAUCCCGAGUACUCGCCGACGUUGAACCCCAAGCCACCGUCAUUCGCCGCGUGAUCACAGCCGUCAAACCCAACGACCCGGUGACCAACAUUUGCCAGGCAGCGGACAAGCAGCUCUUCACCCUGGUGGAGUGGGCCAAGCGCAUCCCACACUUCUCUGACCUUCUGCUGGACGACCAGGUCAUCCUCCUGAGGGCAGGUUGGAACGAGCUGCUGAUCGCCUCGUUCUCCCAUCGGUCGAUCACGGUGCAGGACGGAAUCCUCCUCGCCACCGGCCUCCACGUGCACCGCAACAGCGCCCACAGCGCCGGCGUGGGGGCCAUCUUUGACAGGGUUCUGACCGAGCUGGUGUCCAAGAUGAGGGAUAUGCAGAUGGACAAGUCGGAACUGGGCUGCCUGCGAGCCAUCAUCCUCUUCAAUCCCGAUGCCAAGGGCCUGUCUAAUGCAGCAGAUGUAGAGGUCUUGCGGGAGAAGGUGUACGCCUCACUGGAGUCAUACUGCAAACAGAAGUACCCUGACCAGCUGGGCAGGUUUGCCAAGCUGUUGCUGAGGCUGCCGGCUCUACGCUCCAUCGGCCUCAAGUGCCUGGAACACCUCUUCUUCUUCAAGCUCAUCGGCGACACCCCUAUCGACACCUUCCUCAUGGAGAUGCUGGAGGCUCCUCACCAGCUGUCUUGAGUGGCAAUUGGGUGUUGGGCACCGGGACCCUUGUGGGCACUGGGACUGGAGUGGGCAGGGCAAGGGUGUCCAGUGCUGGAGGCUGUCCUGAGACUGACAUCGUGGGGCUGUGUGAUUCUGGGACUGGAGCGGGCAUUGGGCAAGGGCUCUGGGUGCUACAGGCUCCCCUCCAUUUGUCAUGUUGGGCAUGGGCUGGGCCUGGUACGAAGCACAGAGUGUGCAGACCCUGGAGAGGGUACCAGGCACAGAGCAAGGCUGCCGGGUGCUGGAGGCCUCCCACCAGUUGUCGUAAGGUUGGCAUCGUUGUGCUGUGUGGCACUGGGAAUGUCACUGGUACUGAGGCUGGAGGGGGCACCAUGUGCCAGGCCCUCAGCACCACCUGCGCUCGCUCCAGCUCCACGGGCCGCUGCCCUCCCUGGCUUUGAGAAGAACGGUGGGCUGGAGCUGCCCUGCCAACCAGUAACCGUCGCGACUUGCCACAGCUGACGCCACUGCCACACGGAGACUCGGCGGCAAGGACCAGCGAUCCACAGCCUCUACCCUCGGCUGCCGACACUCACCGGAUUAUUGCCCAGUCUGGGCCGGCCCUCUCUUGCAGAUACCCCUGUGUCCGGGACACACACUGCUGGAACAUUAACCCCCCCACCCCGUCUCUGCUCUAACUCCACGCUGCCUUCUCACACACACUGUGCAGUCUCAUUAAAUGUGGACAGCCCCACCGGGGCACUGUGAGGGGGGACCCAGUGUAACUUUCUCUCUCACCCCCCUCAGUGUGCGUGAGAUGGAGCAGGGCUAGCUUUAAGGAUCUGUCCCAUUCACAACCUAAUUCACAACCUUUUUCACUCGUGGACAUUUUUCAUCAGGCUAGAAAAUACGCCCCGACCUACU